AUGACUGAGAGUCAGGUAUCACAGUGUAAAUAUAAAGAUCAUGUGGACAAAGCAACCACAGACUUUGUUGAUGUCAUCAAAGUUGCAAGAUCUCAACACAUUGCAAUAAGGACGGCAUGCAUUGAAGCCAGUUUAAGUUGUGUCAAUCCUCUUCCAGUGAUGGUGCAGAAUGCAUUGUAUGAGGUCUCAAUACCUUUCUUUCAGGUUAUUGGCUCUUGCAUCAGGUUCUAUCUUCUUCUUGAGGUGGACAGAGACAUAUUUGCUUUUUUCGAAUGGGCUUCAGAAAAGCUGCCUAUUAUAUAUGAGGGUGACAAUGGGUCAAAUUACUAA